GUGGAAAAACUGAAGGAAAUAAUUAUCAAAAGUGAGUGAUAGCAGUAAGCUUGUUGGCAUACGGCUGGAGCUCCAAGGCAUUAUUAAUAAUAAAAUAAAUUAAAUUAAAUUUCGUAGCAACAAAAAAAAAAACGCUACAGAGCCUUCACAUUAGAAAUACGAAGGUAAACGAAAAAGGGGAAAUAAUAAUAAUAAAACAAAAUGCAAUUUACAAUUACUUUAUUUCUAACAACAAUGCCAAGAUGUCAAAAGCAGUUGCGGUGAACAACAACAACAAACAAACAAGCAUAAAGGAGCAGCAGAAAAACAUUUUAAUUGAAAAUCCUUAUUGAAUGUUGUUUAUAAAUACAACAACAACAACCAGUGAAGAAGCAUAAACACAAAUUCAGUCCAAAAGGACAAUAUCACGCCUUCCACCCACUGGGCGCCUGAUUCAGCAGAAUUUGUUAUUGCAUUCGUGUGUAUUUCACAAACGCUGAAGCAAGAGUUGUCCAUGAGUGUUGUAGAACACGCGUACAAAAACAACAAGAGUAAUAUUUAUAUGGCAUAUAAUAUUAAUAAACCGUUUUGUCAUAAAUAAAAGUGGCCCACACAAACACCAAUAACAACAUCCACCAUUUCGAUGGGUAAGACGUGCCCCACGCCUAGCCUUAAUUCGAGCAUCUCGAAUUCCAUAAUAACGAAUGCGAGCAGCAAUCAUCACCAUCACAGCCAUCAACAGCAGCACAAUCAUCAACACCACCCGAACCACCAACAACACCACAAUCACCACCAGCAGCAGCAAACUGUACCGCUGCCACCACCUCCACCGCCACAACCAAUCCAGCCGCAACAGCAGUUUCCACAGAAAUACAUGAAUUCCAAGCGUAAACAUGCGAACAAUUACAACAACAUGUUGAUGCAUCCGGGCGCACAUCUGGAUCACAACAAUUACUUGCAUUUGAAUUCGUUGUGGUCCAUUUGGUAUGGGGUUUUGCUGACGCUAUUCCAAGGCUAUUUAGCUGUGCAUGGCGCCUAUCGGUUCCUCGGCUGUUCGUUGAUAUCGUGGAAAAUUGAGCCGGUAGCUGAAUUGAAUAUACAAAUUGUGCUUUCCGGCGUAGUCUUCAUUUUGCUGCCGUUUUUCUUCGCUUCGGCUGUUUUUAAGGUUGGCAACUUGGCAAACGAUGGCAUCAAAUUGGCGACUGGUUCGAAAGAGCGUCGCUGCUCCAUGUCACCACAUGACGGACUCGAGGAGGAGGCACGCGGCGGCACUUUGCGAGCAUUGUGGACGCAUGGUGGCCCGACGGCUGCUUUUGUGCAUAUCGUGAUUGCAAUGUGUUUACUGUUGCCGCGUCUACUCUUGGAGGCGAGAAUAAUUGAAAAUGGACUGCUGCCAAGAGAGAAUAUUUGGCAAACGGAACUUGACUUUAUUGCGGUGAAUCGUCGUAAUUUGGUUGUACUUUCAGUGGUAACCGCACCCUACCAAAAUGGCACAGCAAUCAACGACGAUGUGGGCAACAACCUGGACGAGGACCAAGACGAUGAGUACUACAAUGAUACAAUGUUUACGGCUGUCAGUGUUGGUGGUGCCGGCAUCAACAUAAACAAUAAUUUAUUCAACAUGCAAACGAGCACGUCGACGACGAGGCAAGGUAAAACAGGUAGAGGUGGCAGCAUGCGCAAAGUGGAGGCUAAAGGGAAGAGCAUCAACAGAGUUGGUGUGGAUUUCCAUGACGAUGGAAAGACAAGAUAUUUCGAAGUGCCCGAUUUAAUUAAUCGGAAUAGUAAGGAAGUGGCAGAGGACGAUGAUGAUAAAGUAAAUAACAACAACGAUGAGGAUGUGGAUGGGUUUGAUGUUGAUGUGGAUGCGGACCGCAAAGGGAACAAGAACAGCAAAUUUGACUUCAAUGCUGAAGCUGACAUUUAUGAUGCCAGAGGUGCCGAAGGUGGUGGCGCGGCUGAUGCUGGUGGUGGGUAUGGUGAAGGUGACAGUGAAGGACGCAUAUUUGUAGAACAUUUCGAUACAAAGGAACUCUGGGCGCAUAAAGCUGUUGACAUGCCACAGACGACAACCACAGAAGUAACCACAACAACAACAACAACAACGACAACCAUCAGCAAUAUAGAUAGCAACAAAAACUACGACAAAAUGUGGGACAAGUUGGGCAAAUUGGGCAAGACAAGCCGUAUUGAUGGCGCUUUGACAGCGAUGAAAGCAAGAACAACAACAACAACAAGCACACCAGAACAACAGCAAUCAAUCAUUGCAAACACAAGUAGCGUGCGACCACUAACAACAACAAGAGCAACAAUCGAGGCAAACGAUGUGCAGAAGACAUCAAAAAGCCGCGCGUCACUCUCAACUUCGAUGACGACAACAACAGCAGCAGUAACUGGCGUAUCUACAAUAACAAUUGGCGCAUCUGCCGCAACAACAACAACAACAACACCAGCAGCAGCAGCAGCAGGUGAAACCACAAAAUACUCAAGUCGUGUCACACAACGCUUAAGCCACACAAAAUCGUCGCCAACAAGCGCAAGCGCAAGCAUAAGUGACAACAACAAUGAUAGCGAUAAUGAAGACACAUUAUUUACAGUAAAUUCCCCUGUAAUAACAACAACAACUACCCAACCAAUAACAUACACUCAGCCCACACGCAUCAUGCAUCAUCAACAACACCAUCAUCAUCAUAAAGACCAGCAACCACAGUCACCGCCACAACAAACGCACACACACGCCAGCCAACACACAGGCAAGUCCAUGCGUAAACAUCACGGCCACAAUCGGCAGCAUCAUCGACAACGCGGCCAACAUCACAAUCGUCGGCAGCACACCAGCACAGCGGGCGGACGUUCGGAUGAGCGCUCGGUGCGGCUACUCGACACCGGCCGAGCUGCUGCCGAUUUGCGUCCCGCUAGCGUUUUCGGCGCAAACCGACCAGCAAUCGACAUCGAUUUGAAUCGUCUCGAUGAGUUGGAUUCGUCUGCGAACUCAAAUAUUGAGCAGUCUAUAAUUUCGCAGCGCGGGCAAAACCGCGACUCAGCGCCAGCCUCUAUAGAAACGGAUAUGCUCGAUUACGAUGUUCGACGCAGCUACACGAAAUCAACAUCAACUAUUAGCACGACUACACGUGACAGCAAUAUACAUAUCGUUAAGCCCGAGAAGCUGCCGGAGAUUAUACCCUCAACGCCAUUAACGAGCAAUUCGAAAAUUAUCGAAAUCAAAACGAAAAGUAGCAGCGCAAGCAGUGGUGGCGGUAAGCGCGCCAAGCGCAUGACGGGCGAGACAAUGCAGGUGGAAAUUGAGCCGGAAUACCUGGUGGGUGAAUUAUCUGGCAAUGAUUCAAUUGAGUAUAUGUCACCUUCGUCAGCCGCUGCAGGCGUCGCCAUUUCUUCAUCGUCCUCGUUAGCUGCCGCCGGUAGCAUCGCAACCGCACAGCAGCCACCACAAACUAGUCUAGUACGUCUCGAUGGCUUUGCUGGUAUGUUACAAAUAUUAUUCGGCAUAGAGAAACCCAUCGAUAUGGCUGUGUUCGAGCACUCACCAAGCGCCGAGUUUGUUAAUCUUGUAUUCGCCCUCCUGGUGUGGUGUGUACGCUAUCCGGCCGUCUUUUGGACGACAACUAAAUCGUUUGCCACCAUCUUUAGCAUACAAAUGAUUGCUGUCGCUUUUGAUAUCACAUUUAGUUAUAUUGGCGCUGCCAAUCUCUACAAGUUGCAGGUGUACAGUGAGGCAAUGCCCAUCCAAAACACUGGCCUCAUUUUGAACGGUGUGGUUACGUUGGCACUGUUUCUGUUGGCGUCGGUGUUGAUGAUUGCCUCAUCGAUGAUUAUGUAUUUGUACGGACAUGGCAGGUUGGCGGCGAAAAUGCGUGAUCGCUCAUUAAUCACGAUGAAAUCGAGUGAGACGUGGAUUUAUUUUGCUCACUGUGCAUCGCUGUGUUACGUGUUGGCUUUGGCCGUGGUGAAGGCGCCACUUUUGAACGACCUCAGCGUCACGUACAGGAGCAACUUGCAUUGUCCGACAUUCUUAUCUGCACUCAUCAGCGUUGCACACCUCCUACUGUGGAUUGUCAUUUGGCUGGUCUUAACAGCCAAACGUCGUUGGACCUUCAAACUACCACCUAUGGACGCAUAUGGCAUUACAAAAGCCACCACCCAACCGUUAUUGAUGGCAAAUCGCAGUAGUCUACAUAGUGCGGGUAGUAUUAGUGGCAGCGGCAGUAAUAUUGGCAGUGCGGAGCAAAAGGGCUCAGCAAUGUUGGGCAGCAGUAACGGCGGUGGUGGUGUUGGCGGCGGUCGUGGGGGCAAAUUAAGCACUGAGUCGAGCACUGAUGGUGGCACCGACGAUGUGUAUUGGCCUAAGCUGACACCGAGCUCACCGAAAUUGAAGGUUACCUUCAAUGAAGUACCGAGUACGUCUGAUGAUGUCCUACUAAUUGGUGACCAUGAACAAAACGAUGGCAAGCGCCAUUCGCCCCGUGGAACCGCGAUAUGUUUUACCAGUGUUGCGGGGGAAAUUGACGACGGAGAAUAUGCGACACUAAGAACUGCCAACGCUGCCAUCAUGGCCAACAUGGCCAUAACCAGUCUGAGCAGCAGACUACCAACGGGAGCAGCAGCAGCGGCAGCAGCAGCGAGUAAUAAAAACAACAUCGACCCUGUCAUGACGAUCGGCUGUGGCAAUGAGACACAUAUCAGCAGCGGCGACCUCGGCAUCACCAACAAUCACAGUCCAACUCCCACUGGUGCACACGGCAUGAAACUAUUACAUCUCAGUGAAUAUGAUGAGCUACCACCACCACCUCCACUACCACCACAACAACAACAGCAACCACAGCACAUUGCAUCAGCAGCCAUGUGUGGUAAUCACUCAUCAGCGGCACGAACAGAUUAUGCCAAGAGCGGUGGUAGCUUUGGUGAUGACAGCACCUCGGAGGAGGGUAAGCUCUUGGCUUGUGUGCGUGAUGAUAGUGUGACGUAUGCAUCGACACGCGACUUGGAACCACCAACAGCAACAACACCACCGCCGCCACCACCACCACCACCACCACUGUUAGGUGAUGCCGAACAGCAACAACAGCAGUCGAUGGCACAAGGCAAUAUACAUAUCAGCAAACAUGACGUUAAUGGUUUAAUGGACAUGGGUAGUGGGGGUGGUUGUGGUGUUGGCGUUGGUAGGGGCACCACCGCAACUGACAUAGCAGGGCGUGCUCCACAGGCCAUACCGGAGAAUAUGCAACUAUCAUCGUCGCCGGAGCAUCUAGUCAGUCCAUUGGCACCGGUGACGGUCACCGUGCACACCAACGAAGCGCAUAUCGCCUCCAGCUCCACGCCGCGUUGUUUGCGUCGUGCCGAUUCGGGUGUGCCCAAUGAAGCGUUAACACCGCGCAGCGACACCACAUCCACCACAGAGAGCACCACUUCCCCACCAGAACGCGCACCCUCCGAAUCCUCGAGUGGCGUGCAUUCGGGUGAGGAGCGUGAUGUUGAAGUGGUCAUACGACCACGUUCCGCCUGUAAGCCACCGCCGAAACCACCACAGCCACCCAUACAAGAGGAACCCUAUGGACGCUGCACGAACAUGCGUAUGUCCAGCUUUGGUUGCGAUUUAAAUAGCGCGAGCAAUCGUGCGCUCAACAGCGCCACCCUGCCACUAACACGUUCAACACCCGAACAGAAAUUCGAUUAUGCCAAUCAUUGCAGCACAAUGCCAUUGCCAGCUGCCUGUCAUAGCCAACACCAUGCAGCGGUGGUGGCUACACGCGGUAGUGGCAACUACGGCAUGACCACCUCGGCAUAUUCAAUGCAUUCACAGCCACCGUUGCCACCGCCGCCCGUACAAAGUGGCCUCAGUAGUUUUCGUUCAGCGCAAUAUGCCAAUUCUUCGGUGGCGAUGGCAGGUGCUAAUACAGCACGUAUGCAGCAGCAACAGCAGCAGCACGAACUGCAGCAACAACAAUAUCAACAGCCACAAUCCAUAUCACCGCCACCACCACCACCACCAGCCGGCAUGCACACCACAUUGCCGAAUGGAGUACGCUAUUCGAAUCCACAUUUUUUGCGUCGCCUGCCGCACGUCACCAAAGCAGCCGAAUCACCAUACGGUCAUCUGGGACUUGGUGCUGGUCAUCAUACUUUCUCCAAGCUGUUGCAAGAUCCGCUGCAAAAUAGCCUAGUCAAUACAGCCAUACCGGAAGAUCGAGACUCUGCCAACUAUUCCAUGACCUCGGAAAAUGAUUGCGGAAAUUUAUAUGCUACGGCGCAGUCAUACAACUAAACAGUGGCUUGCUGCGCUCCGUAAGCUCCUGACAACUGCUGCCCAAAUGGAAAUGUCGUGUAGAAAUACGUUUUAUUAUAGGAAAAAUAUAAAUAUUUUAGGUACAAAAGAGCAGAACAGGAUGAAAAUGAAAAAAUAAUCAUUUGUGAAUUAUAAUUAUGAAAAGAUCAAGGAGCGUUCAAUGGAGCGCAGGUAAUGUGUAAUGAAAGAGGUAAAGAGCAGUUCAGGAGCACGGAAAAAAAAAUAUUUCUACAUAUUAUCUUUUAUGUCAAGGAGCCCAAGAAAAGAAUAUAUCAUUCAGUCAUAACAAAUCCACUUACAGAGCGGCCAUAAACUACGUGGUCAUAUUUCACAACCACUGGUCCCCUCUCUCCUUCUAUAUAACCUAACGUGGAGCCUCAUCUAUGUAUUAUGGAUUUGGCUAUUCCUCUAGCCAUUUUCAAUUGGUUGUCUUUGAACUCAACUACAAAAGCUUAUCAGGUGGUGACUUGAGCUUUGGAAACUACAGCAUAGAACUUUCUGCCUCCCUUACGAGUUAUACCUGAGAAGAAUAAACCAGUAUGGAAAACGGUUAGGUAGAUAGGUAUAUAAAAGUGCUGCUCGAAUAAUCUUAGAAUGCGCUCGAUGCGUCAUUAAGUAUGUUGCAUCAUUAGUUUCAAACAAUUUGAUAUUAUCAUUGACACUACUUAUUUCUACUGUGCUUACGGUCUCGUGCCCCUGUACUGUAAUAAAUUUAUAAGAAAGCUGGGAACUCAGAGAUAAGUUCUUCUCUAUUCUCUUCUUACGCUGCGGCAACGACUUUUAUUGGACAGGCUAAUUUUUGUCCCUUGGUUUUGCCCUAUCAAACUUGCGCUAAAUCUGUUUCGAUGGCUUAAAAUUGGAUAUAGAUCGCUACUAACGGACAUAGUGUUUGUUUCGCUUCAGCUUGGAAAAGAAAAGCUCUCGACUAUAGCGACUCAUCAGUUAUUCCUUACCGAAAAUGCUCCAAUAGCCGGGAGUUCAUCUUAUGGAGAUAUCAAGUAGAGUCUUUUGUGACUGGCAAUCCCGCUUGCAAAAUACUAGCAGAGUUCGUUAGAUGAAAUGAAAAGUAGAUUUUAAAAUUUUCGGAGGAUACCGCCAUCCCUACACCACAAUCCGUGCCCUUCUCCUCAAUAAAAUCUGUUUUCUAUUCACGUCUUUCCGGUAUACCCACAUCGAAGUAACUACUGAUAUCAAGCUUAGUGGGGAUAUAGGCAGACUUACUUAAAGUUGUUGUGAGUUGACAAAGUAUAUCGCUAUGUCUAAUACGUUUUGGGUUUCAACAGCCACAUAGAUUUCAUCCAAUUCAUGUACGCUGCUCAUAGGUUCCUGCUUUGCUUUUAAGGAUGUCCUGUGCUGAUCUUAAUUUAAUAAAUUUUAUUUUAU